CUCCUUCUCAUAACCUCAUCACUUUCCAUCUCUGUCUUGUCCUCUGAUCAACAUCCUUCAGACAUGUUCACCAAACCUUCCAUCUUCCUCCUUCUCACCACAUCCCAUCUCCUAUUCCCACCAAUCUCAUCCAUCGAUUUCAUCUACAACUCCAACUUCACCACCACCAACACACUCCUCAUCUCCGCAACCGUCGACUCUCCCCCCUCCAUCUUAACCCUCACAAACCAAACAACUUCCUCCAUAGGACGCGGUCUCUACCCUACAAGAAUCCCCGCCUCUUCCUCCUCCUCCUCUUCACCUCUCCCUUUCGCCACGUCAUUCAUCUUCUCCAUCUCCCCUUACAAAAACAGACUCCCUGGCCACGGCUUCGCCUUCGUCUUCCUCCCUUCCUCCGACACCUCCGCCGCGGAGUCAGCUCAGCACCUCGGCCUCUUCAACUUGACCAACAACGGCGACACAAACAACCGUAUCUUCGCAGUCGAGUUCGACGUCUUCUCGAACCAAGAGUUCAACGACAUCAACGACAACCACGUCGGCGUCGACGUUAACUCCUUAACUUCCGUCUCCUCUGCCGUCGCAGGCUUCUACAGAGACGGUGGUGCGUUCACGGAGUUAAGGCUUAACAGUGGAGAUAACUAUCAGGUUUGGAUCGAGUUUAACGGCUCGGUGAUCAACGUCACGAUGACUAGAGCCGGCUCGGUGAAACCUGUGAGACCUCUCAUAAGCAUUCCUUUGAAUUUAACUGGAGUUUUAGUGGAUGACAUGUUCGUGGGGUUCACGGCAUCCACGGGGCUACUAGUGCAGAGUCAUAGGAUCCUCUCGUGGAGUUUUAGCAACUCUAACUUCUCUAUUGGUGAUGCUUUGAUCACAAGGAACCUUCCUUCGUUUAACUUACGAGACGACUCUGUUUUGAACUCUAGAGGGUUCAUCGCUGGGGUCUCUGUUGGUGCUAUUAUGUUACUAGUUUGUAUUAUUGGGGUUGUUUUUUAUGUUGUGAGAGGGAGAAGACGAAGGAGGCUAGAGGAUGAUGAUGUUGAAGAUUGGGAGACAGAGUAUUGGCCUCAUAGAGUUCAAUACAGAGACGUUUUGGAAGCGACGAAAGGGUUUUCGGAAGAGAAUAUGAUCGGAUACGGAGGCAACUCGAAGGUGUAUAGAGGAGUGGUGGAAGGUAAAGAAGUGGCGGUGAAGAGGAUUAUGAUAAGUCCUCGAGAGAGUGUGGCUGGGACGAGUGAGUUCUUGGCGGAGGUCUCGAGUUUAGGGAGGUUAAGACACAAGAACAUAGUGGGACUAAGAGGUUGGUGUAAGAGAGGAGGUGAGUGUCUUGUAUUGGUGUAUGAGUAUAUGGAGAAUGGGAGUGUAGAUAAGAGGUUGUUUGAUGAAGAUAUGAUGUUGGAGUGGGAAGAGAGGAUGAGAGUGAUAAGAGACGUAGCUUCGGGGAUGUUGUAUUUGCAUGAAGGGUGGGAGUCAAAAGUGUUGCAUAGAGAUAUUAAGACGAGUAAUGUGUUGCUUGACAAGGAUAUGAACGCUAGGGUUGGUGAUUUUGGAUUAGCUAAGUUGCAAAACGCUAAUAAAGAGAUGGUUAGUACUACUCACGUGGUUGGAACAGCGGGUUACAUGGCGCCUGAGUUGGUUAAGACAGGGAGAGCAUCUGUGGAGACAGAUGUGUAUAGCUUUGGAGUGUUUGUGUUGGAGGUAGUGUGUGGAAGGAGGCCAAUAGAGGAAGGAAGAGAAGGGAUAGUGGAGUGGAUGUGGGGACUAAUGGAGAGAGACCAAGUGGUUGAUGGUUUGGAUGAGAGGUUGAAGGUAAGAGAAAGGUUUGAGAUAAAGGAAGUAGAGAUGGCUUUGAGAAUAGGACUUUUGUGUGUGCAUCCUGAUCCGAAGGUGAGGCCAAAGAUGAGACAAGUGGUGCAUAUAUUGGAACAAGGGAGGUUGAGUGAUGAUGAAAGGGAGAGGGAAGGCAUGGAAGUGAGCUUCUUGGAGAGGAUGAAGAGUUCUUAUUUGUUGGGCACUAGUGACGGAAUGCAACAACAACAACAUCCCACAUUCUUAGAUGUAUGGAACUCUUCUCACUCUAAUAAUUCGUUUAGGAGUUCUAGUUCUAUUUUUCAAGGAAGGUGAGAAGCUAGUGUGAGAUGUACUAUUUUUUUUAUAGUAUAUAUAAACUAUAUAGCAUAUACAGGUUGUGUGAUUUGUCUGUAUAUAAUAUAUGCAUGAAUUUAAC